UGGGUGAUGUGACGUCACGGCGGCCACGAGCCCACCGCCUGGCCGGGGCCCGGUUGCCGUGACGUCACCGCCGGGGCCGGACGCCUCCCGCCGUGCCCCGCGGCCGGAAGUAGCGCGCGCAGGGAGACGUGUCGGAGCGGCGGGGCCGGAGCGAUGAUCACGGACGUGCAGCUCGCCAUCUUCGCCAACAUGCUGGGCGUCUCGCUCUUCCUGCUCGUCGUGCUCUACCACUACGUGGCCGUCAACAACCCCAAGAAGCAGGAGUGAGGAGCCCGGGGCACCGGGGGAGCCCGAGGACCGGGGAGCCCGAGCACCGGGGGAGCCCGAGGACCGGGGAGCCCACCCGCCAUGCCCCGCGCCGCCGCCCGCCCGUCCCUCCCUCCCGUGGGGCCGCGGCGCGCGGGCCCCGAGAGGCGCGAGCCCGAGCUUCUUGCAGAGCGGCUUUAACGGAAACACGAUGAUACCCGAGA